GCGCCGUCUACCAGGUUGUCUUCCUUCCUGACUAGACAUCGCAGAAAGAAACACGCUGACACGCAGGAAUCCGCUACUUUAGCACUCACUCACUCGCAAAGCAUAGCAGCGAAUUACCGGAAAGAAACCGAACAUUUAGCGACAAGUUCCUUAAAGAUCACGGCCGUUUCAAAGACACGGAAUAAAGAGCGGAAAUUCGAUGGACGAAGGUCUCAAGAAGCUUCGCUGCAAAAUCCUUGCCUUGCUUGACGCAUCAUCGUCCAUGAUACAACAACCUUGGUCCAGUUCCAUGGUCGUGCCUUGCUUCUCCGUGUGAUCUUUGCUGCGACUUCCGAGGAGGAGGAGGAGGAGGAGGAGGAGGAGGCCGUGUCCUCCUCGCAUGGUAUUUCUAGCGGCCGUCCCCUGCCGUCGAUCGCGAUCGCUUCCGAGAAAGAAUGGGCGGGGUGUUGAGCGCGCUGUUGGGCGGCCACCGGCGGAGAGCGGCCGAGGCGAGGAGGAUGACGAUGUCGAGGAGCGGUGAGCCGUCGGGACACGGCCGUGGCGGAGGCGGCGAGCAGCGGCGGAGGGCGAUGCUGUCCAAGAAGUACUCGUACAUACCGGACACCUUCACCUCCCUCGACCAGGUGGCUUCGGCGCUGCGAGAUCAGGGCCUCGAGUCGUCCAACCUCAUCCUCGGGGUGGACUUCACCAAGAGCAACGAAUGGACGGGGAAGCGGUCGUUCAACGGGCAGAGCCUGCACAAGCUGGGCGACGCGCCCAACCCUUACGAGGCGGCCAUCAGCAUCAUCGGCAAGACGCUCGCCCCCUUCGACGAGGACAACCUCAUCCCCUGCUUCGGCUUCGGCGACGCGACCACGCACGACUACAACGUCUUCAGCUUCCACCCGGACAACUCGCCGUGCCACGGCUUCGAGGAGGUCCUGGCAUGCUACCGGAACGUCGUGCCGCACCUCAGGCUAUCAGGGCCGACGUCCUUCGCACCGAUCGUGGAAGCCGCCGUCGACAUCGUGGACAGGACCGGAGGCCAGUACCAUGUCCUCGUCAUCGUCGCCGACGGCCAGGUCACUAGGAGUGUUGAUACAAGUGAGGGCGAUCUAAGCCCGCAGGAGCGAAGAACCGUCGACUCCAUUGUCAUGGCCAGUUCGUAUCCCUUGUCCAUCGUGCUGGUCGGGGUCGGGGAUGGCCCAUGGGAGGACAUGCAGAAGUUCGACGACAAGCUCCCCGCGCGCGCCUUCGACAACUUCCAGUUUGUCAACUUCACGUCCAUCAUGUCGAGGAACGCGACGCUGCAGCAGAAGGAGUCGGCGUUCGCGCUGGCGGCGCUCAUGGAGGUGCCCAUCCAGUACAAGGCCACCAUGGAGCUCGGCAUCCUAGGCCGGUCCACGGGGAAGGCCAAGAGGGUCGUCCCGGCCCCGCCCCCGCUGCCGGCGUCGUCGUCGUUGAGGCGGGAAGCUAGCAGCGCGAACGCCGCCGCGGCGGAGCCAAGAGAGGAUCAGGUGUGCCCAAUCUGCUUGACCAAUGCCAAAGAUCUAGCGUUUGGCUGCGGCCACAUGUGUUGCAGGGAGUGUGGGGAGAACCUCGACAGAUGCCCGAUAUGCCGAGAGACAAUACGCUCCAAGCUGAGGCUGUACACGGGAUGAUUAAUUCAAACCAAACUAUGUCAUAAUAUUUGUUUCAGUUUCAAACGCGAAGCAUUUCGCAGAUAAAAUGCAGCCUCUGAAUUAUUCUGAUUGCAUGGUUCUACGCUUGUUUUUCUGUAAAUAAGUGUGAGGUAUUGA